UUGGAAUUUACUUGCAAGUGUAUUAAUUAAUUGGUUGACAGCAUCUAUCAUAUUAUCUUCCCCAUCUGACCUGUGGUCAUGAGCUUCUCUUAGUCAUUGUUGAGGCUUGAGCAUGAUCAGAGUGAGCUAGUGAUACUAUGCUGCGUGGGGCCUGGAAAACAAAUUGAGAUAUGUGAUAGUGCGUGAACUGUGAGGCUGGUCAAAUGAUGCAGUGUUAGGCUCGGGAAUUACACUCAAUAAUCAUAACGUCCAUUGACCGCCAAACUACUGAGACUUCCAAGUCUUCCACAAUGCCACCAUGAACAUGCAUCAGCGUAUCAAUAUUAUUAUUAUUUUAUUAUUAUUAAAACAGCGUAUCAUUAUUGGAUUAUAAAAUCAUCUCCUAGAUCUCCAUUGAUCAAUUAUACAACACAUGUCAACGGUCAUGGGUUUCUCUCAUUUGCUCUUUUUCUAUUUGGUUCUCUGUUCCAUGGCCAUCACUUUGUUAGCGCACGAGACUGAUGAUCGCUUAGCAUUGCUUGGAUUCAAGAAUGGAGUCACAUCUGAUCCUUCUGGAACUCUUGAUUCUUGGAAUGACACUUUUUAUUUCUGCAACUGGACUGGUGUCUCUUGCUCUCACAAGCACAAAGGUAGAGUCAUAGCUAUCAACCUCUCCAUGUUGGGCCUGGGGGGUUUCAUAUCACCCUCCAUUGCCAAUCUUAGCUUCCUCAACAGCAUUGAGCUCUCUCUCAAUGAAUUCUCUGGUGAGAUCCCACCGGAGUUUGGCAGUCUGCACCGGCUGCAGUACCUGAACCUCAGCUUUAAUGCACUUCAUGGCAUCAUCCCUGUGAGUUUGGCCAACUGUUCUCAACUCAGAUUUCUCCACUUGUCAUCCAACCAGCUCAAUGGUUCUAUCCCUGUUGCGCUUGGUGGAACUCUCGACAAGCUAAAGGUGCUGGCUCUAUCUAAAACCAGUCUCACUGGAGUCAUUCCAUCAUCCAUUGGGAACCUUUCUUCUCUAGUUCAACUCUCUCUUAUGUCAAAUAAUUUACAAGGAAUCAUCUCUGAAGAACUCGGCAGGCUGUCAAACUUAGUGCGUUUCCAGGUGGCUGACAAUUCUCUCCAUGGGACAAUCCCUUCAGUUUUGUUCAAUAUUUCAUCUAUAGAAUAUAUAAGCGUCGCAGUCAAUCAGCUCCAUGGGAGGCUACCUUCAAGUUUAGGUAACAAACUUUCUAAACUCACAUCCUUUCGCAUUGGUGGUAACAAGUUUAAUGGAAUCAUCCCUGUUUCACUGUCCAAUGCUUCUCUUCUUGAGAUGAUUGACUUUCCAAACAACCAGUUUAGUGGGACAGUGCCUCCAAUUUUUGGAGGGAUGCAUGGUCUUUAUUCUCUCAAUUUAGAAAUGAAUCAGUUUCAAGCCAACGAUGCCAGGGAUUGGAGCUUCAUUGAUUCUUUGAUGAAUUGCAGCAACUUGCAGCUUCUAUCUAUUUCGGUCAAUGAUCUCGGAGGUGUGCUGCCUCUGUCUGUAGCCAACUUGUCCAAGGAGAUGAUGGUUUUAUACAUGGAUUACAACCAUUUCUCAGGGAUCAUUCCUCAUGGGAUUGCAAAUUUAAUUAGUUUGAAUAUCUUGCAGCUCAGCGAUAAUCAACUCACUGGCCAAGUUCCAGAGCACAUUGGAAAGCUCACCAUGUUACAGUCUUUGGGUUUGGAUGACAACAAACUUACAGGUUACAUUCCAUCCAGCAUUGGCAAUCUAACUCUGUUGUCGAGCAUCUUCCUAUCGGGGAAUAGAUUUGAGGGCACUAUACCUCCUACUAUGAAAGCACUCAAACGACUAGCUAUACUAUCUCUCUCUAGCAACAGACUUAGUGGGAGAAUGGCUGGAGAAAUCCUUGGACAAUUAUUUUCACUCUUUUUUCUUGAUUUAGCCAACAACUCUUUCAGUGGAACUAUUCCUACAGAGAUUGGAAGCUUGAUAAAUCUCCAAUACUUACUAUUAAAUGGGAAUGGAUUGACAGGUGAAAUCCCUGGGACCAUCAGUGCAUGUGCAGUCUUAGAAAACCUAGAUUUUCAAGGUAAUCUCUUCAUUGGAUCCAUUCCCUCAUCUUUAGGCAAACUAAAAGGUCUAAAAAAUUUAGACCUUUCAGACAAUAGCUUGUCAGGAGGCAUUCCUUCAUCUUUUGGCAACUUUAAAUUCCUUGAAACACUUCGCCUAUCAAACAAUAACUUAUCAGGGUCUGUCCCAAAGUUCCUACAGGAUUUCAAGUAUCUGUACUUUUUGGACCUUUCUUACAAUCACUUCCAUGGUGAACUCCCUGUAAAAGGGGUGUUUACAAAUUCAUCUGCACUAGUUUUAAUUGGAAAUAUUGAGCUUUGCGGGGGACUCCCACAACUUCACUUACCUGUCUGCCUUAAGUCCCAUCAUAAAACAAGUAGAGGAUCUCUAAUCCUAAAGAUUGUGAUCCCAAUAGUUUCCUUUUAUCGUGCCUUCUCUUGCUCUUACUAUUUUCUUUUUCUUGUUUCGGCAACGAGAAUCAAGAACAAAAACAAAAGAUUUCAUCAUCCUUGCCUGUUCCAUAUGAAGAGUUUCGAGAGUCACAUACAAUGA